GUUAUCUCUUAUCGCAACGUCCAAAAGUCCAGCUUCAACAUUCAUUACGUUCCCUUUCCUUCACCCUUCUCUCCCUCCAACAAAUCAGCCACAAUGCCAUCCGACCUAUCCAACUACCUCGCAACGCACUACCUCGUCGCGGACCCCAAGCCCUCCAAGAAGCGCAAGCGCAAGCAGAAAGACGACUCGUCCUCGGGCCUCAUCAUCGCCGACGAGACGGAAUCCGGCUGGUCGCGUCCCGGCCGCGACAACAAUAACGACGACGACGAAGAUGCCUCCGCCGUGGUAGCCGGCACCAGCGCCGAGUUCCGACGCGCGAAGAAGUCGGCGUGGAAAACCGUCGGCGGCACCCCUAACAACGCAGCAGCUUCUUCGCAAAACCAAGACGCGGACGCGGCGAGGGAAGCAGACGCCAUCCUAGCCUCCGCAGCCGCCGAGACCGCGGCCGCCGCCGCAGAAGCCGACGCGUCGGACGCGCCGGCGGUGAUGACGAUGAUGUCCGACGGGACGCACGCGGGCCUCCAGAGCGCGGCGGCGGUGUCCGCGCAGCUAGAAGCGCGGCGGCGAGCGGAGCGGGAGGAAUACGAGCGAGAAAGCCGGGGCAAGAAAGGCCGGGGGGCGGGGGAAGCGGAGACGAUAUACCGGGACGCGACGGGGCGGCGGGUCGACGUGAGCAUGAAGCGUGCGGAGCUGCGGCGGGAGGCGGCGGAGGCGGCGGCGCGGGAGGCGGCGAAGACGGAGGCGCUGAAGGGCGAGGUGCAGAUGGAAGCCGCGCGGCGGCGGCGCGAGGAGCUAGAGGACGCCAAGGUGAUGACGGUGGCGCGGCACGCGGACGACGUGGAUAUGAACCGCGAGCUGAAGGAGCAGGUGAGGUGGGGGGAUACCAUGGCGCAGUUCAUAGAGCCGAAAGGUGCGGGAGGAGGAGGAGGAGGAGACGGGGGCCGGAAGAAGAUGAAGUUAAAGGGCAAGCCGAUAUACCAGGGCGCGUGGGCGCCGAAUCGAUACGGUAUCCGGCCGGGGUAUCGGUGGGAUGGUGUUGAUAGGGGGAACGGGUUCGAAGCGGAGAGAUUCAAAGCUAUUAACAGACGGGAGAGGAACAAAGGCUUAGAAUACUCAUGGCAGAUGGACGAGUGAGUAGUGGGCAUUUAUCAGGCAAUUCUACAAUUUUGCACGAGUAGGAGAUUACGAUCAGGAGUUGAAUUAACCUAGUAAGAUACCAGCUGUCUAAAGGCAGUCAACGCAGCAA